AAAUAAUGAUGAUCAAUUAAAAAAUUACUGAAUUGCAAAGUGUUCUUCCUUUUUGGAGCCACAGAUUUACUUGAUACCAUGCAGGUCAGAUGAGAUAUUGGUAGAAUGAUCACAUAUGUACUAGACUUGUCAUUUUUAAUGUCUGCUCUUCUAGCAACCGAGUAUAUGACAUGUCGUAUGUCACUUUACACGUUAGCCGACACUGGUUAGUGUUGUGACAAAAACAUGAUUGCACCAAAAACUUUCAUCAAUGUCUCUGAACCAUAUAACUUAUUCUACACAUUUUUGGGGGGCGAGCUCAUUUGGCACAUUUUUGGACAACCACUAGCCAAAGAUUUAGUCUUUACUCCAAACUCUACCCUGUUUUAUACAACGUAGCUUUUUAAAACACCUGAGUGAGAGAAAAUAUAGAUGAUACAAAAGGGACAGAGAAAGAAUACUGAGUCCCUUCAAAAUGUCUUUAUCUUUGAGUAGCAUUUUCACCACAUAUCCUGUAUCUAGUUGUAGCAUUUCUAUUAAUUUGUGUUUCUUGCCUCAGGCGGUUGUGCGAGGGAAUUGGCUGGAAUUUGAAACUUAAUUAGGUAUUUACAGGCAGUAACAUUUCUCCUGAGAUCCUGCUCUUACUCUCUUUAUUUUCUGUUAGCAGAAGGUUGACAUUGUCUCAGCAGGGUUCUCCCACACAGCAGUGUCUGACUGAGGCUCUGAAGACAUCAUAAUUCCUCACAUUUCAAUUCUGACUUUAGCAGAGCGAUGUAGAAACACGCUUCAGUUGCCGCGCAUCGAUUGAACAUCGAGAUCAAAGGAUUAGAGUUCACCAAUUUAAGUCCUACAUGGUGAAAGUGUGAUGUUUUCCAAAGCGUCCUCCAGAGUCGACUCAGCAGAGUGAAGAUGAAGUUCUCCGUGCUUCUUCCACUCCUGGUCCUGCUCGCUGUGGCAGACCUGAGCCGAGCUCAGGGCAAGACCUCUCUCCUGGAUUUGACAAACAACAUUGGGAGCAUCCUUCCCAGUCUGAGCCGACCUGCAAAUCACAGCAGGAUCUUCUAUGCGGUGAUGUUUGAUGCAGGGAGCACGGGGACACGCAUACACGUCUACACCUUUAUCCAGGGGUACUCAGCGGAGCUGCCUGUUUUGGACAACGAGAUGUUCCAUUCCAUAAAACCGGGUUUGUCUGCGUAUGCUGACUCUCCUGAAAUGGCUGCACACACAGUGAGGAUGCUGCUGAAGGUGGCCAAGAAGACUGUGCCUCGUCUGGAGUGGAAGAGGACUCCAGUCAUUCUCAGAGCCACAGCUGGACUUCGGCUGCUGGCCGCAGAGAAAGCCAAGGCCCUGCUGGAACAGGUUCAACAUGUGUUCGAUGAAUCUCCUUUUUUGGUCCCAGACAACAGCGUCAGCAUAAUGAAUGGCACAAAUGAAGGAAUCCUGGCUUGGAUAUCUGUCAACUUUCUAACAGGUCACCUGAAAGCACAAACCAAGAAGACGGUGGGGAUCUUGGAUCUUGGAGGAGGAUCCACGCAGAUUACUUUCCUGCCAAAACACAGCAAAACCAUUGAAAGUGUUCCUGUUGAUGACUACGUCGCCAGAUUCGACAUCAUUAACUCGACAUUUGAAUUGUACACCCACAGUUACCUUGGACAUGGUCUGAUGGCAGCUCGGCUGGCCACACUGGGCGCUCUGGGUGCAGAAGGGUUGGAGUGGCGGGUUUUUAAAAGUUCCUGCCUGCCGAAGAAGUUCAAGGACGAAUGGAGCUUCGGAGGGCUGACCUAUCAAGUGAGCGGGCACCUGGAUGGUUAUUCAGGAUACAAGCUCUGUUAUCAGGAGGUACUCAAGGUGGUGAAGGGGAUUAUUCAUCAGCCGUACGAGCUGCAAGACAGCAGCGUCUUCUAUGCAUUCUCCUAUUACUUUGACAGAGCGGUGGAUGCAGGCCUUAUCGACGGGGUCCAGGGGGGGAUGCUGGAGGUGAGACACUUCAAGAAGAGAGCUAAAGAGGUGUGCAAUAAGAUGACCAAGUACCCUCCCAUCAGCUCUUUCCUGUGCAUGGACAUGACCUACAUCACUUGUCUGCUCAAGGACGGGUUUGGCUUUAAGGAGAGCACCGUGCUGCAGUUGACCAAGAAAGUGAACAACGUGGAGGCAAGCUGGGCUUUGGGCGCCACGCUGGACCACUUCCACAACCUGAAGAUCCACUAAGGAGGAGGAGGAGGAGGAGGAGGAGGAGGAGGAGGAGGA